AUGCCAUGCAACGCGGAGUUUCUCAUCUCCGUCAAGGGCAAGCGGGAGGGAGAGCUAGAGAUUGCGCACUACCCCACGAAGCUCACGUGCUCCUUUUGCGUGUUUCUCACCGAGAAGAGGCUAGGCGAGGCGCUGUUUGUUCUCUACCGCCUGCGCGUUAAGGAGUCGUCCAUCCUCUUCUCCAAGACGUACGGGCUGCUGGGCCAUGACAAGGCGGGCCAGGCGCAGCCGUCCAUAUGGGAUGAGAUUGCCCUUUACGCGCAGCCGGCAGUGAUGGAGACGGGCAAGCUAUCCACUAUUCGUGUGGAGUACGUUACCAUCGCCGAGGCUGAGGCAAGGGGGCUUAUCGAGAGGGGAGAAGUGGAGAAAGAGUUUUGCCGGCCAUUUUUCGCGCGCGGGGGCACGAAGCACUAUGAGGUGAAGUGCACUUUCCACGACGCCUCGCCACAGACAGCAGCCAAAAACAGCAAAGAAACACGCAGUAUCGGCGAAUUUGCUGGCAGCUCCCGUGCCACGAGUGCCGCUACGGCGGUGACGCUGUUCACAGCCGUGUGUGUCGUAGUAGGAGUUGUAGCCGCACGGCGGCGCGGUGUCACCUGGGAGAGCGCCGCGCGAACCGUGCAUAGCUGGACUGGAGUGUAA